CCUGGUAACCGUCACAUCGGUCGGUACACGUGCGCGCGUGCAGGUGUCAUCGUCGGCAGCGCAGCGUAAUUACAUUACAUUCGGUACGAUAAAACGGCGCGCGGUAAAUCGUCUCGCUUGACCGGCCCAUCGGCACGGCGAUCAAUACGUCGUCUAUAGCGCUGCGGAGACCGCCUGUCCCGUCGGUUUCCCCGGCUUGGCGCGACGAUGGGAGAUCGUUGCGGCUCCGACGGCGAUGACGCGUUGUGGUCGUCCCGCAUGGAAUACCUGAACACGAUCGUGUUCCCGCAAGCCGUGGCCGACGGGUCGUUCGGGCCGGGCGCCGAGCGCGCGUCGUUCCGCCCGGACGACCGUGAUGGCACGGCGGCCGCGACCGGCGAACAGUUCGCGUCCGACAUCGUUUUCGGUGCGGUCGCGCUGAACGGGUCCGAGUGGCCGGCGAGUCACGUGCCGGUCGUGGUCAAGUUCAAGAACGCGGAUGCCCGCAUGUCGGCCAUGAUGAACAUGCACCAGAAGUUCUACAACGAGUGUGUGUUCUACGCCCGCUUGCUACCCGAGCUGGCCGCGAACGCCGCCGAUCCUGCCGCCGCGUUCGCGCUGUUCCCGCGGUUCCUGUACUCGAACGCGACGUCGGACGGCGGCACGGACGGCGCACAGCAACAGGUGAUCGUCCUGGCCAGCCUGGCGCCCGCCGGUUAUCGCGCGGCCGACCAACGGGUGUUCCUGGACGUCGAACACGUACUGCUGGCGCUCCGCAAACUAGGCGCCUUGCACGGGCUGUCGUACAACGCCAAGGCGGCGGACAGCCGUCGCGCGGGGCCGUCGUUCGCCGACCUCUGUUCCGCAUCACUGGUAGAGACUCAAUGGUUCGACGGGCACUGGUUCAAGAGUCCGCGUUUCUUGUCAGGUAUCGGUAACCGGGGCGUGAACGCGUUGCGCGACUCUGACACGGAUGGAAAGUACGCGACAUCAUUGGCUGAGGUGCAGGCCACGCUGAGUGGUGAGAGCUUGACGAUGGCUGCAAUAUUGCGGCCGGCCGAGCCGCUGGCCGUGCUGUGCCACGGCGAUUUUUGCCGCAACAACCUGCUGUACCGGUACGACGCGGCCACCGGGCGGCCAGUGGACGUUGUCGUGCUGGACCCGGCGCAGGCGCGGUACGCGUCCCCGGCCAUCGACCUGUCGUUUUUCCUGUACAUGAACACGUCGGACGCCGAUCGGGUCGCCAACUGGGACCGGUACGUGGCCGCCUAUCUGGACGGCGUUGCGGACGUGACGCCUGCCGGCCGGACCGCGCCCUUGACGGCCGCCGACGUGCACGCCGAGAUGCGCGCGUACGGCCUGUACGGUUACGCGCACUGUUCGUUCUUCCUGCCGGCCAUGGUGAACGCCGAGCCACCCGACGUGCAACGGCUGACCAAGUGCACAGCCGACGAGCGCAUCGACCUCAUCAACGAGUCCGGCGGACAGGAGGCCGACAGGCUGCUCGCGUCAAUCGUCCGACACAUGGCUGACCGUGGAUACGUCUGACCACCUUAUGUCGACCAGACGACGACCACGACUACACGAGUGCAGCUCAGCAAAUUUUCGUGAAAACCGUGUAGGCCGCGUGAACCAUUCACUCUGACUGUGGUCGCGGUUGACGAACCGGAUUUAUGUACAGAUGACAAAUAACUUUUCAAUGUCAUUUUUUUUUCUUCAUAUAUAUCACAAUAUAUUUAAUUCAUCUAAUAAAUGAAUCUUUCACUUUGCGUUCCAUCAAACAAAAUCAAGUAUGAUCAUCACAAUCACCACUUAUGCAUAUAGAAUGCUCUGCCAGUUAAACUGUUUAUUUUUAUUUGGCUAUCUCGUUACUUUUGCUCAAACUUGAUUUUAUGUUUUUUGUUUUGGAUUUUAAUUUCUACUUACAAUUAUAGAAUUAAUCUAUUUGGUGUGAGUAUUGAACUGUGAACUUUAUUAAAUGAGUUACAUGUAUUGCGUCAAAUAAAUAAAUUACAAUAGCAAUAUUUUUCGUGUAAAUUACAGAAAAAAAAAUAUAUUAAAAAGAUACGACACAACAAAAUAUAUCAUUAUUGUGUUCUUUAUUACAUGUCUACAUAUUAUGUAUUUAAAACUGUGUGUACCAAGACCCUUAAAAAUCU